CCCAAGAAUAUUAGGAAUAUUAAGUCUUUUCUUAGAUAUAUUAACUUCUAUAAGCAGUUCAUCAAAAACUAUAGCUGGAUUGCAUAUUCUCUUACAAAUCUUACUAAAAAGAAUGUUAUGACUCAUCCUACAUGCAGGUCACGAAAACAGAUCACAGGCAAAUAA